AUGGAAAAUAGGGAUCAGGGUGCAGCUCAAAACCAUCCUUGUGCUUCCUGCAAGCAGCAGAGGAGAAAAUGUGAUGAGACCUGUGAAAUGGCCCCAUACUUUCCAGCCAGCAGGUACAGUGAGUUCCAAAAUGCUCAUAAGAUCUUUGGUGUGAGCAACAUCCAAAAGAUCAUGGCCAUGGCUGCACCUGAUCAAAAACAGGCAGCUGCUGAAAGCAUUCUCACGGAAGGGAAUGCAAGGAAAAAUGAUCCUCCCUCUCAUGUCAUGGCUGAGAUGAGAAAAUAUGAACAAGGAUACAAUUACUGGUCAACUUUGGAAGAUGCAGAAGAGGAGGUCUUUGACAUCCGGCUCAUAGAACCAGUAUUAUUUGAAUCCAAUCUGAAGGGGAAUGCAAGUUCUAGUGGAUCAGGAAAAUCCAGUGCUGCUGCCUCCAAGGCCAAAGAGAAGCAGCCUUCAGAGAGUUUGCAAGAUAAAACUACAGAAGAUGAGGCUUGA